AUGCUGUUCUCUUGCCUUUUUUUCACCUGGCUGCUACAAAUGCCAACUCUCAUCUGGACUUUUGCAACCUCAUCCUGUCUAUCUGAGUCAGAGUAUCUACUACACCAUGAUGGGACUGUGGUCAUUGGUGCAUUUUUUCCAAUUUUAAAGUCAUUGCCUGUAAGUGAAACAAUAGAUUGGAAAACAUUAUCUUUUGACAUAGACAAUGUUUUAGAGAUGAACGUACACAACUACCAGCUGGUUUUGACCAUGUUAUUUGCCAUCAAUGAGAUCAACUUGAACUCCCAUAUUUUACCAAACACUUCUCUGGGUCUUGAGAUUUAUAAUGUGCCAUAUCUUCAAAGGAAUGCUCUGAGGAAUGUAUUCUACUGGCUCACAGGUUUGAGCACAUUCAUCCCUAAUUACAGCUGUAGAAAAAAUAGCAAAUCAGCUGCUACACUUACUGGAAUAUUAUGGAAAACAUCAGAAAACAUUGGGACAGUGUUGGAUCUUUACAAAUUUCCUCAGAUUACUUUUGGGCCUUUUGAUCAUGAUCAGAUUGACAGAAAACAGUUUCCAUCUCUGUAUCAAGUGGCCCCCAAAGACACAUCUCUGUUGUCCGGUAUUGCCUCUUUGAUGCUUCACUUCAACUGGACCUGGGUGGGACUGCUCAGCACAGAUGACCACAGAGGUGCUCAGUUUCUAUCAGACUUGAGAAAGGUGCUGGAAAAUAAUACAGUCUGCAUAGCUUUUAUGGAAACAGUAUCAUUGUGGGGGGAAUCCCUAAACUCUUUGCAAACCCAUUAUCAGAUGCAUAUUCUAGAGUCAUCAGCAAAUGUGAUUGUAAUUUAUGGAUCUAUUGCUUUCAUAUUAACUGUAAUAAAAAAUAGACAUAGUAAGUACAUAACGAAAAAAGUUUGGGUCAUGAACUCAAAAUGGGUUGGCCAAAAAUUUGAACAAUACACCAUGUUAGAAUUAUCUCAUGGGGCUCUCAGUUUUUCACACCAUCAUGGGGAAAUUUUUGGUUUCACUAAUUUUGUGCAUGAAGCCACUCCUUUCAAGUACCCAGAAGACAUUUUUCUUCAUGUCUUAUGGAACAAGUAUUUCAAUUGCUCACUUUUGCAAUCUGAUUGUAAAAUCAUUGAAAAAUGUCUGCCCAAUUCCUCCUUGGAAUUGUUACCAGGGAAUAUUUUUGAAAUGAUCAUGACUGAAGAGAGUUACAAUGUGUACAAUGCUGUGUAUGCAGUGGCCCACAGUCUCCAUGAGAUGACUCUCAGUCAAAUGCAAGUUCAACCACAGGCUUAUAAGGAUAGGACUAUGUUAUUCCCCUGGCAGCUUCACCCUUUUCUGAGAAAUAUUGAAGUGAAAAAUUCUGUUGGUGACCAUGUCGUUCUGGACUGGAAAAGGAAGACAGAUACAAAGUAUGAUAUUUUCAAUGUUUGGAACUUCCCAACAGGUCUUUCACUAUUAGUGAAAGUGGGUACAUUUGCUCCAAGUGCUCCAAAGGAGGAACAGUUUUCAAUAUCUGAACACAUAAUUGACUGGCCCAUAGGAUUUACUGAGACUCCUCACUCUGUAUGCAGUGAGAGCUGCAGUCCUGGAUUCAGGAAAGUUGUCCUGGAGAGCAAGCCUACCUGUUGCUUUGACUGCACUCCUUGCCCAGACAAUGAGAUUUCCAAUGAAACAGGUGCAGUUCAAUGUGUAAAGUGUCCAGAGACUCAUUAUGCAAAUGCAGAGAAGAGACAUUGCCUCAAGAAAACUGUCACCUUUCUGGACUAUAAUGAUCCCUGGGGAAAGGGACUUACACUUAUGUCCCUGGGAUUCUCUGCACUCACUACUCUUAUUAUCGGGGUCUUUGUAAACCACAGAGAUACUCCAAUUGUCAAGGCCAAUAAUAGAUCUCUCACUUACAUUCUGCUCAUCACCCUUGCCCUGUGUUUCCUCUGUCCCUUGCUAUUCAUUGGACAUCCAAAUACAGUCACAUGCAUCAUGCAACAGAACUUGUUUGGACUUCUGUUCACUGUGGUGCUAUCCACUGUGUUGGCCAAAACUAUCACUGUAGUUAUGGCCUUCAAGAUUGCAGUUCCAGGAAGAAAGUUAAGAUUGCUGCUGAUAUCACAGGUCCCUAAUUUCAUCAUUCCAGUUUGCACCCUGAUACAAGUAUGUCUUUCUGGAAUAUGGCUGGGAACGUUUCCUCCAUUUAUUGACAUGGAUGCUCACUCUGAAUAUGGACACAUUAUCAUUCUAUGCAACAAGGGCUCAGCUAUUGCCUUCUACUGCACUCUGGCCUACCUGGGAGUCAUGGCUAUUGGUAGUUACCUCAUGGCUUUCUUGUCUAGGAGUCUACCUGACACAUUCAACGAAGCCAAGUUCCUGGCUUUCAGCAUGCUGGUGUUCUGUGCUGUCUGGGUCACCUUCCUCCCUGUCUACCAUAGCACCACAGGGAAGGUCAUGGUGGCUAUGGAAAUGUUCUCCAUCUUGGCUUCCAGCUCAAGCCUUCUAAUCCUAAUCUUUGUCCCUAAAUGCUACAUUAUUUUGUUUAGGCCAGAGAGGAACACAGUCCAUCACAUUAGGGAUGAAAGACAUGAUAGGAGCAAAAAUUUACUUAAAACAUAG